AUGCCCGAUCGGUGGCGUUCAUCUGAUCAGGAUAGCUCACCACAGUCACCGAACAUCUUCAAACUUCUGCCAAAAGAUCUCUUCCAGAGCCCUGUAAGCCCAAGAGGGAAAAGGAUAUUAGAUGACUGGUCAGAUUUCCCACAAUCCAGUGCACCAUUGGAAUCUACUAGUUCAGUGAUGGAGGUCAACAACAACCAUGGACUGCACCUUACAACACGAGCUGGGGUACCCUUGGUUAUACAAGAUCCGUAUACUGCUGAACAGUUACUUCUUUUACCUAUAAAAGGGUCACUGAUUGCAAGUCUUCGACAAUGGUCCAGGCUUCCAGAGGACGUAAAUGUCUUGUCUAGACUGAUUCUUUUUCGUAACAUGAUGUCCAGUGCCUACGAAGAGUUCAUCAGUGUAUUUGGAUGCCUUCCUGGCCUACAACUUUCGGGCAAACCGUACUACCUGGAUUAUGUUUUGGCUUCGGUGGAAAAUACGGAUGAGCGAGAACAACUAACUCGGAUUCUUCGUGAAGCUCAAGACAUUGUGGCUAUGAACCUCGAUGUUGAUUUGAGGGACCAGGGGAUUUCUGAAAUUUUCACGGAUAGCUAUCCUAAAGUAGAGGAACAAGCUCACAGCACAUACAUCGAGGUUGCGAGCCACGCACUUAAGCCUGCGCUGUACUACCUCAGGCCACCAGAGGAUGAUGGGAGAGUUAAGAGGCCACGCAUGUCAAAACCAACGAACACUCAAAACCGAAACAAAACAAUGAACAUGAAAGAUGCAGUAUACAAUAUCCGCUACAAAACUCAACCUUGCCGGCAUUUUGACAUGAAUGGAGGCCUUUGUCCAGCGGGGGACAAAUGCCAUUUCGCGCAUGGUCCAGAGGAGUUACGAAAUCCUCAGUCUCAUCCGAAAUAUCGUACAAAGCUUUGUAGAAACUUUGCCGAGAGCGGUGUUUGUUCGUUUGGGGAUAAUUGUUUCUUUCUGCAUGUAACAAGUUCUCCGGAAACGGGAACUACUUUGCAGAAAGAAAACGGAACUCUACGUUUGUUUUGCAAUGACGAUGUGUCAUGCAUGUUAGCACAUUUUGCUUCUGAUACCUUGGAACCUUCAACUGAACGACGGCCAUUCAGAGAUAUCACCAACAGUCGAUUGUCUCAGUAGAAGCCAACAGAAUUUGAUCGAAAUUAAACCGUUUGUCUGGAUCCUAUGAGACUGUAUUCCUUGUUUUAUUGUUCAAACUGCAUUAUCCUACAGUUUGGAACUGACUUGCAGCUUUUCACGGAGCUUCAUCUGCUUAAACCUAGCGCAACGA